CAGAAAUAGGCAGCUAAAGUCGAAAUAGUUUCUCUAUAAUUGGUUAAUUGAUUGAAAUUUGUUGAUAAUUUUUUUGGUCAUUUUCAAUUGUCAUAUGAUGAGUGUUAAAAUCUUUUUCUUAGAUGAUGUUUGUACAUAAUAUCUAGUUAUUAAUUUUCUCUCUGAACUAAAAUAUUAAUCUAAAAUGGCUUUCAGACAAGAUUCUUGGAUGGCUUCAUAUAAUUCUUGUGAAAGUCUUGCUAGAGAAAUUAUGGAAAAGAUAUCUUAUCGUAAUCAGCAACCUAAAAAUAGCGUAGCCAGUGGUAAGGCGAGUGCUCAGGCCAGGAAAUUAAUGAAGAAAUUCAGUGACAAUUUAUCAAGCUUAAAGCAAACAUUGCUUGCCUCAAAAGAUUUACUGACGGAAGGGGAGUUUGAAAGACGAGAGAGACUCAUUGAUGGCCUAAACAAUAAGAAUACUCAAAUCAAUGACGCCUUCAGUGGCAGAGAAGAGGGUGGAAACAGGCAAGCUCUUCUGGGUGCUGAAAUGGUGACUCCUUCCACGAAUGUUUGGGGAAUGGAAGAGGACGAGAGAACCAGGGAUUUGAGUUUCAAUGAAAUAAAAGAGCAACAGUUAAUGGCUAUUCAGGAACAAGACAAAGGAUUGGACACAUUACAUGAUGUUGUGGUUCGGCAGAAGCACAUGGCAGCAAAUAUUGGCCAGGAGCUGGAUUUGCAGAAUGAAAUAAUUGAUGACAUUGUGGACCAUGCUGAUAAUACCAGGGAACGUCUCAUCAAAGAAACUAGACACGUUGCCAUUGUCGAUCGAAAGUCUGGAGAAUGUUGUUAUUGGGUCAUAAUUGUUUUACUUUUUAUCGCCAUUGUUGUGAUUGCUGUGAUACCCUCUUAGUGGACAGGUCUUGCGUCGUAAAUAUAGUAAGAAGCUUGAACCGAGCCAAGAACCAAUGAGUCAUCUUACCAGGUCUUGAUUCAGCUUAAAAGAAAAUGUUAAUAUUUACAAACUUUUGUAUACAGAUAUAUUUUUAUUUUAUCAAUAAAUAUUUCACAUAAUGCUAUAUUUAAAUGUCAUGUCAAUUAAAAUAGUGAACUGUU